AUGUUUACGCAUCAAUCUUUGGAUAAUAAUAUAGAUCUACGACGAUUUUUGGAUAAUAUGAAUUCACAAUCAUUGGAUAAUAAUAACAUAAAUAGUAUAAAUCUACUAUCACUGGAUAAUAAUAUAAAUCCACAAUCAUCGGAUAAUAAUAUAAAUCGACUAUUUUUUGUUGAAUCUCACAUAAAUCCACGACUGUUGAUCAAUAAUAUAAAUCCACUAUCACUGGAUAGUAAUAUAAAUACACCAUUAUUGGAUAAUAAUCAAAUAUCAUAUUCAUCAUUAUUUUAUACGGAUGCAUCGAUUUAUAAUAUAGAUCUGAAUCAGUUGUGCUCACCACAUCAUAUAAAUUUAUCGACUAAUAUAAAUAAUAACCAAACACCAUAUUUGCAACAACUUGAACCAAUUUCUCAAUUACCAAAUUACCCAGAUCUAUAUACAUAUCCUUCUAACGAGCAACCGGUUUAUACGACAUCACAGCCUGAAUUGAAAUCAGAUGCACCUAGUAUUACAACAAAUAUACAACCGAAUAAGGAUAAGAAACCACGAAAGAAACCACGAAAAAAAACGGAACCUUACAUAAAGCGCACACAUGCUCGUAUUGCAUGCAAUUUGUGUCGUAAAAAUCGCCUAAGGUGCGAGGAAAAAAAAGAGGGCUCUAGUUCUUGCAAUAGGUGUAUUGGAGAGAAUGUGCAAUGUAUUUUAGAUGAAAAUCCGGGAAAACGAGGCUGCAAACUUAAUAGCAAAAAUAAACCUAAGGAAAUUAGAACAGAAAACCGUGAUAUCAACACUGCUGAUAGUGUCGAAGUUACUAAACCAUGUUGUCAUGGUAACAAUGGAGCAAUAUCUGAUAACCUUGAUUUAAAAGGUACUUCUAGCAUUUUGAGUCCAAAAAUAAGACAAACACAAGCUGAUGUUGACGUUGACACUCAUGUCAAUAAUAAUUUUAAUGGUACUUCGCUUGUUUCUGAUGAUGGUAGUGGUGAUGACUUGCAAGGAGGUAAUUGUUUGCAACAACUGGAGAAUGGCUAUGCUUUACCAACCUCAACUUAUAAUCAUCAAGCCAAUGAUCAGCAACGAUCAAAUAUUUAUUUUUUACAUUGGGGUGAGCAUGUUGCGGAAUUUACGCAAGAAUUUGGUAUUGUUAUUGAUAGAAAAAAUGAAAACAAAACAGAAAACCGUGAUAACAAUUCUGCUGAUAAUACUGUCGAGGUUAUUAAACAAUGUCGCCAUGGAAAUAAUGAAGUAGUGGCUGAUAAUCUUAAUUUAGAAGUUAAUGUUGUUGACACUAGUGUUCCUAACCGAAAAUCAAAUUUUUUACGAAUAUUCGAAAAUCAAUUUAUUCAAGGAUAUUCGAAUAUAUAUAAUUUAUUUCGUAAUUAUUUUGGAUACUCGUAA